CCAUUCCCAGAUCCGGAGGUGGAGUCUGUGUGUAGGAAGUAUCUCCACAGAUUGGCUGAGUGUGUGUAGAGCAGUGACCUCCUCCACUGCGAGCGUGUCGCUAACCACCAUUAAAUUUCAACUAAACAAAAACACAUCCACGGGAGGAAACCAGGCGCUUACCCGCUUUAGAGGAGAUAAAGAUUUGGUCUUCUCCAUUGUUUAUUUUUUUUAUUUUUUCCUUUCGUCCAGGCUGAAGCGGUGCAGCAGCAGCAGCAGCAGCUGGGGCCAGAAGCGAGCAGUAUGCAUUCAGACUGCAGGCUGCUAUGGGCAGAGCGGUAAUGGUGGGCAGGGGACCGACAGGGGCCGGGGUGCUCGUCCUGUCCGUGCUCAUCGUUUUCACCGCGGAGGGCUGUCGAGGCCAGAAAGGUGAUGGCUGCGGCCCCAGUGUGCUCGGCCCAAGCAGCGGGACGCUGUCCUCUCUGGACAAUCCGAGGACACACCCAAGUGACACUGUGUGUGAGUGGGAGAUCACUGUGCCGCGUGGAAAGAGGAUCCACUUUCGGUUUGCUCUGCUGGACUUAGGAGACAGCGACUGCCAGGUCAACUAUCUCCGCCUCUACAACGGCAUCGGAUCCAAAAAGACUGAGAUUGUGAAAUACUGUGGUUUGGAUCAGAAGGUUGAUGAGCUGAUCGAGUCUUCGGGCAACCAGGUGACUGUCCAGUUCAGGAGUGUGAUGCACCGUACGGGACGUGGAUUCUACCUGUCCUACUCCACCACUGAACACUCGGAUUUAAUCACUUGCCUCGACAAAGGAUCUGAUUUCCCAGAGGCGGAGUUCAGUAAAUACUGUCCUGCAGGCUGCUUGACAUCUACAGAGAAGAUUUCUGGAACUACACCAAACGGAUACAGAGAGUCGUCCCCUCUGUGCGUGGCGGCUAUCCAUGCAGGUGCGGUGUCCAAUGCUGCGGGAGGGAAGAUCACCGUGGUGAGCAGCACAGGCAUUCCUCACUACGAGGCAACACUGGCAAAUAACGUCACUUCCACUGUAGGAAUUUUAUCAAAGAAUCUUUUCACCUUCAAAACAGAUGGCUGCUCCGGGACGCUGGGUUUGGAGUCUGGUGGUGUUGUGGACUCUCAGCUCAGCGUUUCGUCCGUGUGGGACUGGAACACCACCGCCGGUGAGCACGUCGUGUGGGGGAAGUCGGGAGCUCGUUUGAAGAAGCCCGGGCUUCCCUGGGCUCCUUCACCCAGCGACCGGCAGCAGUGGCUGCAGGUUGACUUCAGGAGGGAGAAGAGGAUCACAGCGAUUGUCACCACGGGUUCCGACCGGAUCGAGUACCCGUACUUUGUGAAGGCAUACCGGGUUCUGUUCAGCAAAGAUGGCAAGGAGUGGCAUUUCUACAGGGAAACUAAUUCUUCACAAGACAAGAUUUUCCAAGGUAACAUGGACUACCAGGACAAGGUGAGGAACAACUUCAUUCCUCCAAUCGAGGCUCGUUUUGUGAGGAUAAAUCCCACCUCGUGGGAACAGAGGAUUGCUCUGAAGCUGGAGUUGUUUGGCUGCGUUCCUGGAGGUGGCAGAGCAGCUGCUACAAAACUGUUCACUACUUCCGGUUCUGGUUCCACUCCACCUCCCGCGAAGACGAAGCACCCGCCUCACCUCAGCGAAGCCACGCACACGCCGGACAUCAGAAACACGACGAUGCCUCCGCACUGUGGCAAAGACGUGGUGCUGAUGGCAGUUCUGGUACCGGUGGCGGUCGUGGUUCUGACCGCCCUGAUCUUGACGGUGGCUUGCGUUUGCCACUGGAGGAAUAAGAAAAAGAGCGCAGAAGGAUCGUACGACAUUCCCUACUGGGAUCGGACAGUCUGGUGGAAAAGCAUGAAGCAGCUGCUGCCCUCCAAGAUGAUGGAGACCGAGGAUUCGGUUCGCUACAGCACCCCUGAGGUCAGCCGGCUGGCGGGACGGAGCGCCGUUCCCAGUCUGCACGCUGAACCUGCAGAGUAUGCCCAGCCGCUGGUGAGCGGCGUGACCACACUGGGUGCACGGUCGACCUUUAAACCAGACGAAGGGCCUGAACCGGGCUACUCGGAUCCAGACCUGUACGACGCUCCCAUCCCACCCGACGUUUACCACCCCUACGCGGAGCCGCUGCCGUCAUCAGGAGCCGAAUACGCGACUCCCAUCGUGGUGGACAUGGGCUGUCACUUGCCCUCCAAAGUGCUUAAUUUUGUGGGGCCCAGCUCACUGCUCACAUGGACGGACAGCAGCCAGUCUGGGGGGUCUGUCUACGACACGCCUAAAAAUGCCAACGGACAGACCACGCCCACUCAGGAUCUGACCUAUCAGGUCCCUCAAAAAGUUCCUCCAAAGCCAGCUGGUUGAGCGCCAAAGAGGCCGGACGAGCCCGGUUUGGGGAAGGAGAACCCACCUGGCUUUGAAGUCUUGAAUGAACACUACCUUUUUAGCUUCAGAUUCAGCUGGAGAUGUCUGUAUUUCCUGAACUUUUCUGCAAGGCUACAAAAACUGCUUGUGUGGUGCCUUUAGAGUCCUAUCACUGAAACUACGAUGAAUGUGUUGGUGACGGAAAGGAGGAAGCUGACUACUGUUUGUGAAAGACUUUGUCCCUGUUUGUGAUGUGUCCACCUGUUCUCUUCCGAAGCUGUGAUUUUCCACCCCGAUC